CGGAGUUAAGAAGCCGCAAUGAGCAACACACGCACGGCAAUGGGAAACAGGAUGAAAUACUGGCAUUGCAACAACAAAUCAAGGAACUCAGUGGCUUCCGACGCCUUCCGUGCCACCUUGGAGGAGAAGAAUGCCGAAGUAUCCAUGUUGAAGUCUGAGAAUCAGCAUUUGAAGAGGGAUGUGGCCGGGUUACGUGAGGACUUCCUUGCUCUUCAAGGAAAAAGAGGUUUGGGAGUCAUCACUGAAAACAGCCCUCCGGAAGAACCUGCGAAAGGUAAAGCGCGCGCUGAUCCUUCCACUACGGCUAUGUAUACACCAAAAGACCUAAGCGCUCUCCACAAAGCUUACAAGGAAGCACUCGCAGGCAAGGAGGUGGCGCUCAAGGAGGCGCAAAUGCUUAAGGAUCGAAUGGCCAGAAUGGGGGCUUCGCGGAUCCGACUCUCUGCUCGAAGGCAAUCCUCAAAGAAGACUACGCCACGGAAUCUGAGAACUUGCUUCGAAGAGGUGGAAGAGAUACCCGAUGAUGAUGUUGCCGACAAGACCCAGGGGGAGGAACGCAGACUUGAACGGGAGGGGACGACCGCUGCUCGUGAUCUUGAGGUCGCCAAGUUGGCCGCCUUCCGGGACAUCAGGCUGAAGGAACUACGGCAGGCUAAGAAGAGUGACAUGGAAGAAGCCUGUGCCAAGGAAGGAAUCACCUACGUUAAACUGGAUCAAGCCAGAGGAGACAUUGCUGAAAUCAGAGCAAGCCGAGAUUAUGAUGCUGGGCUGCUCCAACGUCAUUUGUUGCGUGAUCAGCGUCCUAUUCCAGUCGUCCGCUUUGGUGGUCCGGUGGAAGUUGGGCGGAGUCUGUUGCCAUCCUUGACGGUGAUGUCUUCGAUUCGUUUGGGAGCGAUGGAGGGCGGCGGCCGUGACGGCGGUGGGAAGCUGACGACGGCGGAAAGGACGAAAGUGGCAGCAACUAUCUCCGCGGUCCACUUUCGUUGUCAGGUGGAGAGGCUGUCGGGGAGAAUGAAAGCGCAGAUCCGCGCGCGGAGGAGGAAGGUGAUGCAGUGCACGGCGGUGGAAGGUGUUGUGCAGGCAGAGGAUUUGAGUUGCAACUGCGAGGUGUUGAUCAACAACCCCUUGAACCAGUUUUGUAACUUCACUGAUGUGGCCUUGAGUGUUACUCCUGGCAUGACCUUACCCGACUCCUCUGAUUGCGAAUGCCGCAGAGCCUUUCCACAUUGUUCUGAUCUUGUGGAUGGUCAUAUUGUGUCUGUUGACUACAAUAUCAUCUCCGAUGAUAGCCUUCGCAAGCUUUUUCAAGAAGGCUCGAAGUAUCGGCUGAAUGGGGAAACUGCCGAUGUGUUCCAGGCACUGGCAAUUGGACUAGAUGAGUACAUUGCCAAUUACAAAAGGUUGUUGGUCGGGCAUUCUCGGUAUGCUUCUUUCUCGUCUCUUUCUCAGAACCUGAACAACUGGCGUUCUGCAAUCCUUGCGCAUUGUCGAUCCAAUGCAUCUUCGCUCUCCAAUCAUCUUUCGAAUAUGCAGGAUGGCGGGAGUGAAGCAAGGCGGACUGGAUUUUGGGUGUGGGCAAUUGGCUAUUGGAAUGCGUAUCUGCGGUCAAGCAGGUGGUCUUUGAGUGGUGGACGCCGCUCUUCUUCGUCAACUUCUUUGUCCUCAAGAUUGCAGGGGAGAGGAUCUGCCCCCCGAUCGACGGGACGAAAUCGCAGCGGGAUUGGGGGUAGUGGUGGGGCGGGACAGGGCGUGCUGACAUCAUCAGAGCCAUCGACGUCUUUCUCAUUAACCACCCCCGCGACACCCCAGACAACGAAUCCAAGUCGCGCAGCGCACAUGCAGCGUGCCAGGUCUGUUAGGUCUGAUGGAAUGCUACUUCGGUGGCAGCAAGAUGAUGAUGACGAUGAAGGUGAGAACGAAGAGGAGGAAGAGGACGAUGAUGACGAAGAAUACUAUGACGAUGAGGACCACGAAUCUGAUUUCAUUCGCAGAACACUUCCGCCUCUGGUCUGGAAUCCCGAGCCACUUGAGCAUGAGCUUGUUGACGAGUUAAGAGUUCGGACUAUGCCGACUCAACCCCGCUUUGAACAGGAUUGGGCAUAUAGGCCUGGACCACAGACCAAGCAUAAGCAUGUUAAUACUGCUUACCUAUUGUCUCAGAGAGAGUUAAAUUCAAGAGGCCUUUCACCGGGGGCUCGCCGACAUAUCGGCCAACGGCUAAUUCCGGGCGGUAUUGCAACGGAGGUGGAUAGAAUAAGAAAUGACAAGGGUUACAUAGGGCAAUUCUCAAAGGACGGAGAGGUGUUCAUCGCAGGAUAUCAGGUUUAUUCAACGUUAAGUCGCACUGUGCACAUUGUCAAUGUUGAAAGUGAGCUAAAUGGAAGCUGCGCUGUUUCCAACAGCUCCAAGGAUGAUAUACAUAUGCCGCUUUACUUCGGCAUGGAUCAUCGUAGGGACAAUUUCUUCGCCCUUUGGUCGCUCGAGUUUUCACACGACGGGAGAGAGAUCAUUGCAGGGAGUGGGAAUGGCAACUGCUCGUUGCACAUUUACGAUCUAACGGCUCAUAAGGCUACUCUCAGUGUCAAUGCUCAUUCGGAUGAUGUCAAUUCGGUAACCUUUGCCGACGAAUCCUCGAAGGUUCUGUUUUCGGGGGGCGAUGAUGGUCUGUGCAAGGUUUGGGACAGACGGUGUCUAUCUUCGAAAAGCAGACCCCAGGGAGUGCUAGUGGGUCACACAGAAGGCUUGACUUUUGUAAAUUCAAAGGGUGACGGUCGGUACCUCAUCAGCAACUCCAAGGACCAGACACUGAAGCUCUGGGACAUCCGCAAAAUGGUCCCGUACGACAACUAUCGAAGGCUUCCUGCUGCACGAUUGCCUCAGUUCCGCUGGGAUUAUCGUUGGGUGGAGUAUCCAGGCAAGAACAAGGAGAUAUCGCAUCCACACGACUGCUCGAUCAUGACGUACCGCGGCCACACAGUUCUUCGCACUCUGAUCCGAUGCUAUUUCUCUCCAAUGUUCCUGACGGGGCAGCGAUACAUUUACACCGGGUCGCAGGACGGUGCCAUCUACGUCUACGAUGUGAUUACUGGUAAAGUCGCCAAGACGCUGAGGGGACAUACAGCAGAGGUCAGAGACUGUAGCUGGCACCCAACCCAGCCCUUGUUGGCAUCUGUCUCAUGGGAUGGCACGCUUCUCCGGUGGGAUAACAUUGACGCGAAUUGCGAUGACGACUACGGUGUCAUGAGCAGGAGGCGCCAUGGAAUCUAUUUGCCCUACUGGUUGGAAGGUUGAACAAUGGCUGGCCUGGCCUCCGAUGCCGUCCUGCACAAGUGUCUUUCCCGUCAGCUUCGCUGAAAAGCGGCUCUGCUUUCUUCACCUGUCAUCAGAGAAUGGAGGCUGCUGCGAUGUGGUCGUCGAUCAACGUAAUCAGUGGAUCAGUCGAUCAAUCAAUCAAUUUGCAAUAGCAGUCGCGGGGGCUCGAUGGGUCUCGACAUACCUUGUACCAUAUGUGGGAAAAGAUAUGCUCAGCCAACUACAGUUAGAGGAAAUUGAGCUCUGAAGUCUGCACAUGGACAGUCACAGAGUCCAAAAAUGCAGAUACGAUCUGACAAUGCAAGCAAGUGCAUGAAAACGUCCGCUGCGCCGCAGGGAUUUGCGCGUGGUUUGCGCCCGAUACCACCUCCCUCCUCCCCCUCCCUCAGUACUGGGGACAGAGGACCACAGCGUCAUAUUUUCACGCGUGUUUUCUGCUACUGAGCACACCUGCUGGACACAGACCGACAGCGAAGCCUUGCAGAGUUCACGGAGGUGCGUCCUUAACCAUUUGCUCGAGGAGCACCGGAGAAAGAAUACUCUCUCAGGUGAGAGACCAUAUCUGCUGCGGAAGCAGAAAAAUGGGCCAGCAAGAGGGUUGUCCUGUCGUCGACAGCUCCUCCAUCUCCCCUCCCUCUCCUAGGGAAGAUGAUGGAAAAAUUCAAAAGAACACUAAUCGAAAGUGUAAGUCUGAGUUUCAAACCGUGGUUUGUCGGAAAUUGCCCGUCUGACUGUUUUACACAUCGUCGAGUGUGGAGAAUGGAAGUCACUAUUAUCCACUUGAAGCUAAGUCAAACAUCAUCGAGUGUGGAGGAAGGGAGGUCACUAUUAUCCACUUGAAGGUAAGUCGCGGACUGACCUGCUGAUGCAGGCAAGAUCAGCAACCAGGGUUUGUUUGUGGUGUUAGUCACAGGCCCCAGAUCAGCAACCAGGGCUUUAGUCCAUGGUUAGUCCAUGGUUAGUCACCAGGAUUAGUUGUCUAUAGCUUCUCGUCUGGGGAUAGUCACAGGCCCCAGAUCAGCAACCAGGAGUUGUCCAUGAAUACUAUUGAAUAGUCACCAGGAUUUGUCCAUAGCUGCUGUCUGUGGUUAGUCACAGGCCCCAGAUCAGCAACCAGGAUUUGUCCAUAGCUUCUUGUCUGUGGAUAGUCACAGGCCCCAGAUCAGCAACCAGGAGUUGUCUAUAGCUGCGUGUCUGUGGUCAGUCACAGACCCCAGACUGGCAGCCAGGGCUUUAGUCCUUGGUUAGUCCAUGGUUAGUCACCAGGAUUUGUCCAUGGCUGCAUCCUUGCGGAGAGAGUGUGUGCCAAGAUGUGUGUCUUGCAAUCCUGCUGCACAAUCGAUAGAUUUCAUCUUCCUCUGUCCUUCUGUCCUUUGUCUUUCUGGCAGUCGGAGGAGCAAAGCAUUCUAUUCUAAUCUCAGACUGGAAUCGCUUGCUUGGAAACAUGAGAUUAACAUCUCUCUUUUCUAUGCGAUUAUUUUUUUUCACGGCUUUAAAGAGUUUAAGCCUUAAGGCUCUGAAACCACAAGUACACGGCCCCAGCCUUGCAGAAACGUUUUGUCGCCACAAGCAAAACUCGGAAUGGCCGCGCGGUGUGCGGCGCCGUUGAAAAAAAAAAAAAAUUGGCGGCCUCCGAAGUGGUGUGCAGGUUUUGUGCUGACGCCCGUGGGCCGAUGUGUGGUGUACUGGUGAUUUAAGAUCAGUAAACUCAAGAAGAUUCUCUCGCAAUUCGUCCGGCGGAAGUGGAUAGGAAUCGGGUCGCAAUUCGUCCGGCGGAAGUGGAUAGGAAUUGGGAUCGAAAAUUGUCAUACCCGAUUGGCAACCGUGGAAAUUCCUCCUUUUGGGGGAAAGGAAGAGGGGAGCAAGGGGACCUGAGGGAGGGAUUUAAGAGAACAAGGAAGAGGACAAUUGUAGAAUGUGGUGACAGUGUCUGGCGGAUGUAGAGCCUGGAAUCGCUUGGUGACAAACGCGUGAUGAACACCUCUCUUUUUUCUAUAUCAUUAUGUCAGCGCAAUGAUGAGACCCUACACCGGUUGAGGUGGUGUUAAACUUGGAAGUGAGGCUGUUAAGUUUUAACUUCUAAGGAGAUUGUAACCUGAAUAAACAAGAGAAGAACAUGCGUGUGUAUGUGGUGGGCUCAGUACUAUGCUAGCCAGAUUUCUCUCCUUGCAGCAGUAGGAUCUGACAUGAAGCGGGAUCCAAAAAUUACCUCUUCUGAUCGAGAACUGUGGAAAUUUCUCAUUUUUUUCAGGGGAGAGGAAGGGGAGAGGGAAGGACCUGAGGGAUUUCAGAGAAUCAGGAAGAGGAGAAUGCUGGCAUGUGCCGACAGUGUCUUGUGGGCAUAGACAUAAUAGACGCAGAAAGGAGUGGUCGUGGGCAGACCGGAGACUGGUUGUUGACGCUUUGUAGGGUAUUUGCGGUGUGACGUGAGGAGGGGGGGAGAUCAAUGGCCAAAAAAAACACCGCUGAGAGUGGUAGUCGAUGCUCUCUGCAGUAUGUCCUGGCGUCUUAUAGGUGAAAUGACAGUGCGGUCAAGGCAGUGCAACUUCCAACCGUGACGACUAUCGACGGUUGUGUCGAGGAAACUCUCACCUCUACUGUAUCUUGGGAAGUGUUAGUCGGUCUGGUUUCGAAGUCGAUGCUCGGCUUUCUGAUUUUCGAAGUCGAUGCUCGGCUUUCUGUGUUUCAUCAUGCUAAGUGACACAGGGCAGUCACCAACCAGCCUAGCUUAGUUGGCACACCCAUGAGCUGUUGAAAUACAGACCCAAGUUUCAAACCGAGGUGACGAAACUAGGGUAAUGCAAAUGGGGGGGGGGGGUCAGCCCAAUGACGAUAUCUCAAGGCCGUUACCCUUGAGGAGAGGACAGAGGGGAAAGUCGAGAGGGAAGGGACUUCGGGGAUUUCAGAGAACCAGGAAGAGGAUAAAUGUGGUAUCCGAUGACAGUGUCUGGGCGACAUAGGCACAGAAAGGAGCAUGGGCAGUGAGUGGGAAAGGCCUGGACAGAAACGGGUUGGUUUUGCCUGUCGGCAUUGAGAGUCGUUCUACAAGCUCCUUGAUAUGGGCUCGGCGGAGAACGAGUCCCGGGGAUGUAUCUGUCCUCGGGACGGAUUGCAGUAUGUAUAUCUAUCUGACUCAACAGUUGGACUAUUAAUGGCCUGCCAUCUUUUCGGUAUUUGGUGGCUUUUUUUGUUUCCACUGCCUCAUCUCGUGAUGUAGUUGACCUGUGAGAAGUAAAGCUCCGACUCCAUCGCAAAUGAGUAUUACACAUAGGGGAAGAUUAAUGGAAAACAAAGUGUGGAGAGUGGUUGUGGACGCUGUGUGUGUUGUAUUCCGAGGCUUUAGGUGAAACGGCAGUAUAGCAAGAGACAGUGAGAGUGGAAUCUAUAUCCGACGCAACGGUGGGAUGUAUGUAAAGAGGGGGAGAUCAAUGGAAAACAAUUGUGAUAGUCGUAGUUGACGCUCUCAAGUUUGCUUUUAGGUGAAAUGACAUGGAAUCUAUACCAUGUGGUCGCGUAUCACCCCCCGAAGGAUGUGAUGGGGAAAGGGAAAAAAAAAAGUGCGGUCAAGGCAGUGCAACUUUUGAUGGUGUUCAAGGGCUCUCCGGUUCACUAGUCGAUGCUCGGCUUUCUGUUUUGGUAUUCGAGUAAAAUGCCAGAGAUCAGGGAUCAGUCAAGCUUUAACAGUGUUUGGACUCUCGCAUUCCUUGAGUAGAUGGUGUGGUUUUCGUUCUGCUCCAGGCAUCUCUCGCUAGGUCACCGAACAAGUGUGUCGGGUAGGGGGUCGGGUAGGGGAUCGGGUAGGGGGUCGGGUUGGGGGUCGGGUAGGGGAUCGGGUAGGGGGUCGGGUUGGGGGUCGGGUAGGGGAUCCGGUAGGGCAUCCCAGGAUCACAGUAUGCAAACAACUGUGUCAGAAAGGGGAAGAGAGUCACCGAACAACUGUGUCGGGUAGGGGAUCGGGUAGGGGAUCGGGUAGGGGAUUGGGUAGGGGAUGCCAGGAUCGCAGUGUGAAAGCAACUGUGUUGGAAAGGGGAUGAGAGUCACCUAACAAGUGUGUCGGGUAGGGGAUUGGGUAGGUGCAAAUAAGUACAAGUGUGUCGGAAAGAGGAUGAGAGUGUGCAAACAAGUACUAUAGUAUAGAGAACUAUCUGCUGUGGAUUAUCGAAUAUUAUCCUUUUGCCUUCUAUAUGAAGUGCCCUUUGAUUUGCCUGAACAUAUUCAUUGUAUUCGAAUUUAAAUAUAUAACCUAUAUGUCUUCUGUAAGAGGCACCCUCCAAUGUGAAUAACAUGGCGCCCGUGAUUUUGAUAUUGUUUGGUAUAGUGGUCGUUUGACGUUUUGAUUGGCAUGUUCUGCCAAUGAGCGAAUGUGAUGCAGGAGUGCGUCUGUGUGCAUCUUACUAUUAUGUCUACAAGUGGAGGCCCGCCACGGUUGAUGGCUGCAGCCAAAAAAAGCAGGCAUGUUAGCACUGGCCGAACAAAUCACAGCAAGAACG